AUGGCAACCGCAGUUGAAGCCACCGAGCUCACUGAGCAACCACCGCCCACCUCGAUCCAUCGCCCCAAGUCGGAAUUUGAUCCGUGCUGCAACGCCAAAGUUUCCUCCCCUUUCUACCUCUAUAACCAUGACUCUCCCCGCCCGUCCGUUGACGUCAAGAAGUCCAACAAUCCCGUCCAAGUGGCCAUCCAAGAUCUGGAGGCGGGCACCUUCAAUCUCUCACCUUCAAUCACCCAAGAGAAAAAAGUUGCACAAAAUUGGGCGGCCAGAGACAGGUUCAAGUUCUGGAAGAGAGAGAAGCAGUGCAUGACGAAGCCGAAGCCUAGAGGAUGUGUGUGGUUCACUCGGUUGUCUCCACGCCAACGACUCCUGGUCAAGCUGCUCGUCGGGUUGGUGAUCAUUGGAGCCGCCGUGGGAAUUGCCGUUGGUGUCAGUGUUAAGGUGCAUGGGACAGUGUACAAGGGCAACAACUCGACUUCGCAGAUUGGUUGA